AUGAUUAUAAUAUCCGCUUUAGAAAAAUACUCAAUGAACGAAGGUAUGUAGUUCAAGACAAGCAAAAAAGUGCAUUCAACCGAAGAACAAUAGAAGAAGAGGAAAAUACAGCCACACAAAUUAAUACCUUAAACAUUAAACCUGAAUUUGGAAAGAUCCUGAUGGAGAAAGCGCAAGGAAAAGCAAUAGAGUUUGAAGCCAAACUUAAAGAUCAAUAUAGAUGA